CAAGUCUGCGUUCUGAAGAAGAAGAUACGAAGCUAGGGUUUCGGGUUUUUGCGAUUCGCAAUAGCAUUUAGCACACCACAGGCUCAGCUCUCUGCAGUCUCUGCUCCUCGAGCGGUUCUUAAAUCAUUCCAUUGUUCGUAACUGCGUAGAACCUGCAAUCAUCUCCAUCCUUGCAUAGGCAUGGCAGAUGCAGAGCCAGUUGUGGCCGUUGAAUCAACAACUGCUAUGGUAGAACAGCUUGGGAAGGCAUUUGUUGAAUUUGAAUCUUAUAAGGAUUCCUCUGAGGACACAGUUCAAUGGAAGGAAAUUGAAGAAUAUUUCUGCAACCUUGAGGGAUUGUUAAAGAAAAGAUCUGAUGAGUUGGAAGAAAAGGAGAAGGAAUUUGAGGAGAAGCAAUCUCAAACUAUCACAUUGCUUGCAGAGAGAGAAACAGUUGUUGCUGCUAAAGAACAAGCUCUAUUGGACCGAGUUCAGGAGAUAAAAGAUGCUGCUGCUGCUGCCAUUGCGGAGGCACGAGAGAAAUACAGGCCCCCAUCCCCAGAGGCGGUAGAUGUUGAGGACAAUGCAGAAAACAAGGUAAGCAGCUCAUUUGAUGGUGAUACCAAUUCUCCCCUCCAUGAUUUGGAGGAGAAAUCCCCUUAUAGAUCAGGGGAAAAUGCUGAUGGCGUGGCUGUUGAAGUGAAGCCCCGUCCAGAGCUGACGCAAUUUUGCGAACAGAUGGAUGCAAAAGGGCUUCUGAAUUUUGUUAUGGAGAACCGAAAAAAUCUUGUCGCCAUACGUGAGGAAAUCUCUCUUGCAUUGAGAAGUGCAACUGACCCAGCCCAUUUGGUGCUGGGUUCUUUGGAGGGGUUUUACCCUCCUGAUCAAACUACCCAUCAAAGUAACAAGAAGGAUGCAGCCCUUCAGGGCAUGCGAAGAUCAUGUGUUAUGUUGAUGGAAGCCGUGGCCCCCUUGUUGGCGGGGGUCGAGCCUGGUGCUGAUCACCCUCUGAGCCCUGAAAUCAAGCAGCAAGCCAAGGCAAUUGCUGAUAACUGGAAGCCUAAGUUGGCUGGUGUGGACAUUGAUGCUGCCAAUGGAAAUUCAUUGGAAGCAGAGGCAUUUCUGCAGCUCCUUGCCACUUUUAGGAUUGCUUCGGAGUUUGAUGAUGAAGAACUUUGCAAGCUUGUACUUGCUGUUGCUCGUCGCAGGCAGGCACCUGAGCUCUGCCGAUCUCUUGGGUUAACACACAAAAUGCCAGGUGUUGUUGAAUCACUGGUCAGCAGUGGAAGGCAAAUUGAUGCUGUCCACCUUAGUCAAGCAUUCCAGCUUUCUGAGAGCUUUCCUCCUGUGCCCCUGUUAAAGACAUACUUGAAGGACUUAAGGAGGAACUCACAAGGAAGGGGCAAUUCAGGAGGUGCUACUGGUCCUCAGAUUGAUGUAAAUGCACAGGAGCUUGGUGCACUAAGGGCUGUCAUCAGGUGUGUUGAGGAGUACAAGCUUGAAGCAGAAUAUCCACUGGAUCCAUUGCAGAAACGAGUGGCUCAACUGGAGAAAUCAAAGGCUGAUAAGAAAAGGAUGGGAGAUAUAGCAAAGCAUCAACAGCCAAAGAGGGCUCGAGCGAAUGGAGGAUUCUUUGGGCCUCGUGGACCUGUUUCUGCUGUGAAUAGGCAGCCUCCAGUUUUCAAUGGGAGGGGGGCCUAUAUGGGUGUUGCGGAAAGGUAUCCUCAUGCCGGUCCAACUUCUUAUGAUUAUCAAGUUCCUAGCCAGGGAGCAUACACCCAGCAGACAAAUGCACAAAGGCCAUACUACUACCCCCAAGAUGAGAGGGCUACAGCAAGCACAUACAGUGCUGAUCCAUCUAAUUAUGGGGCUUAUAUGGGCAGUGGGUUGCAGUCCUCACAGCAAACGUACAUGUAAUACAGAUUCUCAAAUACAUUAGGAAAGUCUUUUAGCAUUGGGAUGCGCAAGGAAAUCUAAAACAUAACUGCAUAAUUGUAUCGAAAGGUAGGAGCAUAUUCUGCUUCUCGUCAAAUCUUAAGCUGGGAAGGACAUUUGGGCCUCUAGUAGAUGAUUCUCCUCUUACACAUUCCCUUGCUGUAACUUUUACUUAAUUGAGGUUGUCACUUAACAAAUGUUUUCUUUGACAUCGAUCUGGUUUUUGCU